CGCACAGGGAGAACGCCUGGCUACCUUGUUUCCGAAAUCAUGUUGGGGCCUGAGGCCGAUCGCGUGCUGCGCUACCUGGGCGAGGUAGAAGAGUUAGCCGAGGAGGUCCUGGCCGACAAGCAGCAGAUAGUGGACCUGGACUUGAAAAGAAACCAAAACCGGGAAGCCCUGAGGGCCCUCCAGAGAGACCCCAGCCCGUCGGAUAAAGUGAUGGUUUGCUUUGGAAACAUGUUCAUCAAGCUUCCCCGACCACGGACAAAGGAUAUGAUUCAGAAAGAUCAAGAGCACCUAGAUGAGGAGAUAGAAAAACUACGGAAACAGCUGAAAGGGAAGGUCAACCGCCUUUUGGAAGCCCAGGGUAAACCGGAGCUGAAAGGAUUUAACUUGAAGCCCCUGAGCCAGGAGGAGAUGAGAGCCCUAAAUGUCAUCUUGAAAGGUUGAAGUUCAACAACCACCAACUUAAACCACUGACCCCCAGAUGCUCACAGAAGAGCUACUUCCUAACCAUGGCACUAAGGCAUAGUAGGAACUAGCUUCAAGAAUCUUAUCAAUAGCAGUUUGCUACUAAAGACUUUUGUUUACAAGAUUUGGCUGCUCUAUUAAGGCCAGGAACCUACGGCCUGUUAUUAUCCACCCAGGACGCUACCAGGGUGGGCCGAAACACCGAGCCUAUUGAUAGUCCUUGGAGAAGAUCCAAGAUGAGAGGCUGGGGCAGCAGCAGUGGGAGCAUUAGAAUGACUGCCACAGGCACUUCCAACAAUGUCCUGCUGUCUGGGAGUGUGCGUUUUUCCUUUGCUUCAAACCCACAGUUUGACUAUUGUUCUAGGCCUGGGGAAGGGAGUGGGAGAGAGUGAGCACUUCAUUCCAGUAUAACCUCUCCCUGCCCUCCCCUAGUUGUGGGGAAAAGAUGGAGAAGAGAGACUUAGUAAGUAGGGUGGUGAUGGAGAGUGUAUAUAACAGGUAUGAAUAGAAGGGCAAAGCUCAAUGGUGGUUUGUGAUAUAGAGGAAACCACCUCUACUUGUGGUUCACCACACAACACAGCUCAUACAACUAUAGACAGAGCUCGAAUUUCUCAACACAACUACCCCUUUUCAGUCUGUCCUGAGUUCUGAUUACAUCAGAGCUUUUAAUAAACUCUUGUUACUCAUUUGUAGAUCAGAUUGAGACUCAGUCUCCUUAACUUCUCUUGGGCAAAGGGCAAUUGUUCUUUUAGUUAUUGCAGGGUUUGGGGGCAAUUUAUCAUUGAAUGUUUUGAUAGUACUGUUCCUAUCUAGACUCCCCUGGCUUCAUGGAAUUUCCCAGAGGUGGAUAUACCCUAUGACUAUACCAAAUGAACUUCCAAAGAGCCACAAAAGGACUGAGUAAAGAGCCUGGAUGCAAUCUCCAGUAUCUCUGUGGUGCCUGAGACAGCUUUCAGUGUUUGUAAAUGGUAUACCCUCUGCUGCAGUUUCAUUGGCCAUUGUCAUCAUCGGUGGUAUCCUGCUGGAGAUUUUACCUUGUAUGACAACUGCUGCACCUCCUAUUGUUAUAGGUUAUAUAUGAGAGCACGUUGAAAGGAAGAAGGAAAUAUAUGCUAUACAUAAUCAUGCAGGGAGUGGGCAAUUGUAGGUUGGACUGUGGUUUUCUGUUAAACCAGACUGGGAGGGAAGGCGGGAAGGGUGAGGACUGGAAUGCAGCCAGUGGUUCCUAACAUUGAUUAAAUAAUGCUUAUAGU